AUGGGUGCUGCAAAGGCACUGAGCUUGCGAUGGGCGGUCCCUCCCGCGGCUCUAAUAGCCCUGGGUAGUGGACUGCUCUACUCUACAGGCGAACGCGCAUCUCGAACACGGCGGUCACCUAUACAAUCAGAGCAGAAUGCAUUCAUUUCCACUUCAAACAAUAUUCUCGAAGAAAAUGCUCAAUUAAGCGAGGGAGGCUCGGUUUGGGCAAGUAUUAUGCAUAGGUUCGAUGGAGUAAAGCAGUCAGUUGGCUCGGCCGAUUGGGUUGAACUAGACAGCCUCAAGAGCUAUAUUGUUCCCGAUUGGACUCGAUUGCUUCCAGCGACUGUACAGAAACUCCAGCAUGAGCUUUCGAUGUCUCCUGGUUCUCUCGCAGAUAAUAUCUGGAAGGAGGCCCACGACCCGGACAUUAACCCCGAGAUAUUACGCGAGGCCAGGGUCCGUGUUGGCAGUAGCCUCUGCGACGAUGAGUUGGUGUUCAGGAGAAAGAGGAAGCAGCAUUCAGUGAAAGCACUUGCGGCUUAUCUGAAUAUUGCUGAGGAGGACAUACACCCCGACGACGUACCGAUAAUUGCUAUGUGUGGCUCUGGUGGCGGCCUGCGCGCCCUUGUGGCUGGCACUGGAUCGUAUUUAGCUGCUCAGGAAGCUGGUCUAUGGGAUUGUGUCACGUAUACAGCUGGUGUGAGCGGCAGUUGCUGGCUGCAAACAUUAUACCAUUCGACAAUCACUGGACGCAAUUUCAAUAAGCUCGUCGAUCACCUGAAGAGCAGGCUGGGUGUGCAUAUUGCAUUCCCACCCAAAGCGCUUGAUUUACUUACAGCCGCUCCUACCAAUAAGCAUCUUCUGAGCGGCUUGGUUGAAAGGUUGAAAGGUGAUCCCGGUGCAGAUUUCGGUCUCGUGGACAUCUACGGCCUGUUGCUGGCCGCCAGACUGCUCGUACCGAAAGGAGAACUUGGGGUUUCGGAUCGUGACUUAAAAUUGUCUAACCAGAGCCACAAUAUAACUGAUGGGUCUCAUCCCCUUCCCAUCUACACAGCGGUUCGUCAUGAAAUACCCAUCCUGAACGACGAAGAUAGUCAUCAUAAGAAGCAACCGACGCCAGAGACACUGAUGAGAAAGUCCAAGAACGAAGCUUGGUUUCAAUGGUUUGAAUUCACACCUUACGAACUUUUCUGCGAGGAGCUCGGCGCCGGAAUACCGACUUGGGCUUUAGGACGACAUUUCAAGGGAGGCGUCAACAAGAUUCCCGAGGAUAAUCUUCCAACCCCGGAGUUACGCGUGCCAGGGUUGAUGGGAGUCUGGGGCAGUGCUUUCUGCGCAACACUAUCCCACUAUUAUAAGGAAAUUCGACCAGCCCUAAAAGGAAUCGCGGGCUUUGGAGGCAUAGAUUCUCUGAUCCAAGGGAAAACGGAGGAUCUCGUGCGAGUACACCCAAUUGACCCUGCCACAAUCCCAAACUACGUAUUGGACAUGAAAGACCAACUGCCAGCUUCUUGCCCGGAGUCCAUAUUCCACAGCCAAUAUCUACGUCUUAUGGAUGCGGGAAUGAGUAACAACCUACCUAUAUACCCGCUACUCAGACCGGGCAGAGAUAUAGACAUCAUCGUUGCGUUCGAUGCUUCUGCCGACAUAAAACAAGAAAACUGGCUCUCAGUUGUGGACGGAUACGCGCGACAGCGAGGCAUCAAAGGCUGGCCCCUGGGAGCCGGUUGGCCCAAAGCCGAGACAGACCUGAAAGAAACGGAAGAGACUCUCCGGGAACCAGAGAACAUCACCACGGACAAACUGAACAAAAAGGUCAAGGAUGCCCAAAAUCCAAAGGGAACUAGUGACCACCACCGUCCUCAAGACACUGAUUUGGACUACUGCAAUGUCUGGGUCGGCAUAAAGCAGGAAAGAGUCUCUGACGAGGAACCACCACCAUCCAAGCGUCUCUUCCUUCCGAAUAGUAUCGACGAAUCCGAAUCCGACUUUCACCUAAUGCGUCCUGACGCAGGAAUCGCCGUCGUUUACUUCCCUUUCCUUCCCAACCCCUCUGCUCCAGAGUUGCCUCCGAGUCCGCCACCCUCGAGACCCCGAAUCGCCGGCCGUUUAGAGGGAAAGGCAUCCUCCUUAAAGGCCCCUACCGGAUCUCCGAAGCCCAACUCUAUCGACCCGGAUGUGGAUGAUUUCCUCUCCACCUGGAACUUUGUGUAUACGCCUGAACAGAUCGACUCGGUCGUGGGUCUCGCCAGGGCUAAUUUCGCGCACGGCGAGGACCAGGUCAAGCGCGUGGUAAGGGCUGUUUAUGAACGUAAGAAGUCCGAUCGACUGCAGCGAGAGGAACAGGAACAUCGACGUUGUAUGGAAGGCUUCGUUCCACUGUAG